AUGUCUUCCCCCAGACUCAUUCCCCUCUGGAAGGAUUUUAAAUACCUCAUAAGUGACAUAUAUAAAAGCAAGCAAACUUUAGAUGACCCAAAGAGUGACAUAGUUGUGCUGAGUGACCGGUCCCAGAUACUGUUCAAAGAGUCUCGCCAUCCUCAAAAUAUGCCGUUUAUAUGCUAUUACUUCAGUGAUGCCAACUUCUUUGCCUCCCUCUCGUGGGUAACAAGCACAAAGGAAAUACAGGCUGUAGUAUGGAUGAAGAGCAAAACUGAUGACAUGGUCGAGAAGAGAACAUUUUCCAUGACUGAACGAUUGCCACCCAUCCAGUGUAUGGUACACACAGGUUCCUUUCAUAUCCUCGUGGCCUACUGUGGUGACCUGCUCCUGCGGCUCUUUGGGGACCACUUUCGGUCAUUCAAACCCCUGGGUAUAGUGCCUUGUCGCUUUAACAUCAACUGCCUCUGCUAUGACCCAGAAAUGAAGAUGCUUCUGUCUGGCAUCCUUGGGGCAGUCGUUGUCUGGACCAUUGAGCAGAGUGGCAAGGGCCUCCAAAUUGCCCACAUGGUUUCCAUGCCUGGUGAUGAACUUGUCCAGGACAUCAUGUUGAAUGGCCCUGAUGGCUCCCUCCUUGCCCUGUGUGAGACUGUGGUGAGGGUCCUUGAGCACCAGGGCCUGAGCCAGCUGGGAGAGGUGAAGAGAUUCAUUUCUACCACUAGUGGCUCCUCUAUUACUUGUUGUUUCACCUGUUUUGAUCAGGGCUAUCUCUAUGCUGGAAAUAGGACUGGGGAUAUCCAAGUAUGGAGCCUCAGUCAGAGCUACUCUCUCCACAGUUUCAAGGCCCAUUCCUUGUCAGUGAUAUGUAUCCGCAGCAGGUCAGAAGCCCACACCCUGCUAACAGCUGGCAAGGAGGGUUGCAUCAAGGAGUGGAACCUUACUUCUGGGAACCUACUGCGGCAACUGGAACUUGGAGAGGAAUUGUAUCGACUCCAGUUUAUUGAUAACAUUACCUUCUUCUGUCAAACUACCCAUACUUUCUCCUUGCGCCGUCUGCCCUGCUUCUAUAGCCUCUUCCAUGUCUGUGGCUCUGCUCCAGAGCAGCUGCGUCGGGUCCGCUGUGGUAAUAACUGGUUCCGGAUCCUAUGCACUACUGAGGAUGGCUUGUUGCGCUUUGUGUCUCCACUAACAGGGGAUCUCCUGGUUCUCACCUGGCCCUUCUCAAUCCUGGACCAGGCUGUCGAUUGGGCCUAUGACCCAGAUAAAGAGGAGCUCUUUGUAGCAACAGGGGGCUCAGAGGUGCUGGUCUUUGAUACAACCCGUUGCCCUUGCCCAGCCAAGUAUCUUUUAUGCACCUCACCAAAUUCUCAGGACUCAGUACAAUGCCUGGCUUAUGGGCAUUUCCACCUGGGUAGGGGGCUAGAAGGACUCAUGUUCUCUGGACACCAGAGUGGUAUUAUAAGAGUGCUUUCUCAGCAUAGCUGUGCCCGAAUAGAGAAAUUCGUGCACUUUGGGGCUAUAUUGGCAUUCUCUACACUGCCUGGAGGGCUUUUAGGUGGCCGAGAAAACUCUUUGCUCUGUUCCUAUGGAAUGGAUGACUACAUACACCUAUCAGAAGCUGUGCUUGAUGGGACCAAAGUAUAUCUACAGCCUCUAGCCAGCAUUCUCAGCAGCUGUCACUUAAAACACCUGAUACUCUUGCCAAAGUCUGUGGGUGCCAUCACAGAGACCAAUUGCCUGCGUCUCUGGAAAUUCCACGAUUUUCUGUCCUCUGAGACACAGGAAGGCUCCAAGUUUAUAGAGACCUUGCCUCUGCACCAGUGUGCAAUUACAUCAUUUGAUGUAUGUCUGACCUUGAGUCUUUUUGUCACAGGUGGUAUUGAUGGCUCUGUCCGGAUCUGGAACUUUCACGGUAGACUUGUAGCCAUGCUGGACUCAUCACUGCACUUUGGCCCACUCUGCUUUGCAAAUGACCGGGGUGACUUGCUUGUGACUUUCAACCAGAGUCUUUAUCUGGUAUCCUGUUUAAAACUGCUUCCCCCAACCCAGCUGGUUCACCUUUCAUUUAUGAGCCUGACAGAUGAAGUGCUAGAAAUCCCUAAACCUUUCUUACCAAGCUUCUUCUUCUCCUUUGAGACCAUGUUUGUGCCCAAGUAUACCUACCUUGGACAAGGGCAACAGGAAAUAGUGGGUCUGGAGAAACUCGUCAAUAAACGGGCCAUUGCCUUUGACCAUACUGUGCCACAUGUCAUAGAAGAAGAUGAGCAAGGGAGCCUCAUAUUACUGUCUACCCCAAGAUGUGGUUCCUUGAAUAAGGAGAAAACGGAUAUGAGGUUGAGCAAACCUUAUUCCCAUUAUGUGGUUCCUCCCCAACUACAGUUGACUACAUGGGAUGGACUCAACCCUUAUCAGGUAUUGCAAUGCUACUUUGGUUAUGGGCGGAAAUGGCCCUUUGCUCCUGAUUGCUACAUCCCUAACUCAGUGAUUCGUGCCCGUCUUUGGCCAGAGGGCAGCCCAAUUUACUUACAGUGCAACCUGCAUUCACCCAUGAGGAAGCUGGAAUGGGAUAAGCCUCAACAAUUCUUCUGGCACAAUAGGAUAAGGCUGAUACAUGAUGUAAAAGAACAUCCACAGGAAAAGGAAGAUGAAGACUUCAUUGAGAUGAGAAUGUCCAAGGAUAUAACUUAUAGUGUCCUUACAGACCCAACAAACCGCAGUUGGCUGGGAAGAAAGAUGACUGAGAUAGCUAUUAAUAGCUUGAUUGAGACAAUCCUCAACAUUAUGAUCUAUGCUCCUCCUCCAUUGAAGUACCAGUGCUGUGUUGGUGCACUAGGGCAAAUCUUUGCUUCUUACCAGGUGUCUCCAGCCUUGCGCUCUGAAACAGCCCAUCGUUUGCUGGAUGAUACAACCAAUUCUAAUCCACUGAUCCGUGAGCUGGCCUGGGAAGGUCUGAAGCGUCUCGGAAUGAUUACUCAUCUCUUUGCUGUGCCUCUGGCCCAAGGGUUAAUGGACAAGGACCAAAGAGUGAGAAAUAAGGCACUGAGCCUUAUGGCUGACACUGGAAUCCAUUGUAAGACCUCACUCUUAAACUUGAUUCAGAACCAAGAGACUUUCCGGGAGAUGCAGCAGGAAAUGAUUGGGCAGGAAACCUUGGACAGUCUGCUGGGGAUGCAUGCCACAGAUCUCCAAAUCCUUCAUACUCAAGUGGAACAGCGAUUGAAUGAAAACCUGACUUUGUCACAUGGAGAUGAAAAGCCUGCUUUUUCUUUAGAUGUCCCAAGGGUUUCUAAAGUUAUGUCCCUUUCCAAGCAAUCUAUUGUAAUUACUGAAGAAUCUGAAGUUGCCAUCAAGCCCAGCAAAGGCCAAAGAUGGGGCCAAGCAGGGGGAAAAAAACAUACCCCAAAAUUGUUGCGGAUCCUCAAGAAGAUGAAAGAGACUGGCACAGAGCCAAGUCCUUUAGACGGUGAAAGUGAUCAGAGUAAAGUUGCACCAACUGAGGCGGAGAAUACAACCAUCUAUUCUGGUUCUUCAACCUGUAGUGUGCUAAAGAUUUCAAAAGAUGCUGAACAACAGCCUCCAGAGAAAGAUGUCUCAAAGGAUGUUGCAUUGACCCUGAAGACGCUAAGGAAAAUACAUGACAAAAGAGGCAAGAAAACAACAGUCCAGAAACGCAUAAAGAAGCACAAGAAGAAGAAAAAAGAAGCUGAAGUUAUAAUUAAGGAGGAACCCUUGUCUAGUGUAAAGGAAGAACCAGUUGUGAAGAAGGUGAACACCCUGGGGCGGGGUGCCUAUGGAACUCCUGGCCACAGGGCUACCCCUGGAGAUGGCUCAUCAUGGCGGGAUGAUCUAUGUCGUCUUAUGACCCUGAGGAUAUCUGGUUCCCAAACAAAAAUGUCAGAAUCUCUAAAUACUGAGUUAGUGACCAUGGCUAAGGAGGUGCUUGCAGAUAAGCACCCCAGCUGGGAGCUCUUUGAGAAGAUCUGCCCCCUGCUAAAGAAAGGAAGUGAGGUUCUGCUUGAGGACCUUGACUGGGAUGUAGCCUGGCCAGAGGAAAAACCAAUUUUUAUUCAUGAAGGAGCAAUUAGAGAGGACAUGGUGAUCAGAGAUAUUGAAGAGAUACCACAGGGGCAGGGACAAGUGCAAAAGGAAGCAGGGGACAUACAGGACUUAUGGGAAACCCAGGUAAUUCCCAAAAAGGGCAAGAAAAAGAAAAUUAUUUUUUUAGAACCAGGUGGCCUAAUCAAAGGGAAACAAAUAUUAAAGAAAGAAGAGAAGAAAUCUUCUAAGAAGCUCUUUAAGCAAAAAAGAAAAGCAGUCCUAAAAGAAAUAAAAAUGGAUAAAAAAGAGAAGAAAAUUACCAAAAGAGAGAGGGAUGGGAGUCAGGAAGUGGAGGAAAUGGCCAAACUAGAGGGAAAAUUGAUUGAGCAAGAAGAAAGACCAGUUAUGGAUGAGAGGAAGCUGUCUUUACAGGAUUGGAAGAAGUCCUUGGACCAGUGGAAACAGGUCCACGGUGAGAGGAGGAUAUCUUGGAAUGAAUGGAAGAAAGCCUGGGACAAGGGGCAUCUUGAGGAAGAGAAAAAACCACAAGAGGACAAAGAGAAGCUAUUCCCAGAUGAGGAAAAGUUGGAAGAGGGAAAUAGGAAGCUGGAAUGGGAUGAGGGGGCACAGGCCAGGGAAAAGAUGUUGUUAGGCAGGUCCAGGGAUCAUAAGUUCAAGGAUGAAGAGGAAUUGACUCUGGAAGUAGAAGAAUUAUCUCAGGAUUGGGAAAAAGAAGAAGAAGGAGGAGGAGGAGAAGGAGGAGAGGAACAGGAAGAGAAAGAGAAAGAGAAAGAAGAAGAAGGGCUAGUGACAGAAGAGCAGAGACAGAUCCAGGAAGAAUAUAAACAGGCCCAGGUUGAGAGGAAACGAGCCCAAGCUGAAAGAAAACGAGCUCAGGAAGAGAGGAAGCUGGCUCAAGAAGAAGAGAAGCUAGCACAAGAAGAGACAAAACUCGCUCAGGAAGAGAGUAAACUGGCAAGAGCGUAUGGAAAACUGGCUCAGAGGUACAGGAAAAUAGUCCAGGAAGAGAUGAAGGUUGUCCAGAAAGAGGAAAAGCUGGCCCAAAGAGGGGAACGGCUAAGCCAGGGAGAAGAGAAAUUAGCCCAGAAUAGGAAGAAACUGGCCAAGAAAUUAGAGAAACAUGCUCAUGAAGAAGAGAAAAUAGCAAAGAAAGGAGGGAAGCUGGCUGAGGUAAAAAAAAUACUGGUCCAGAAAAUGGAGAAAGUGGUUCAGAAGGAGCAAGAUCUGUCAUGGAAAGAAAAGGAACUAGCCCAGGAGUUAAAUGAGCUGAUGUGGGAAGAGGAGGAACUGGCCUGGAAACAAGAGCAGCUGAAUCAGGGAGAGGAGGAACUAGCUAAGGAAUUGGAGGGACUGUCUGAGGAGGAGAAGAUACUGGCCUGGAAUGAGGAGAAACUGGCUAUGGAAGAGAAAAAACUCGUCCCAGAAGAAGAGGUACUGAUUCGGGAAGAGAAGAAACUGGCCCAGGCCAAGGAAUAUCUGCCUGAGGAAGAAGAAAGACUUGCCCAGAAAAGGGAACAAUUAAUGGAGAAUAAAAAUAAACUGGCCCAGGAGAGGGGAAAAUUGAUCCUGAAGAAGGUGGAACUUGCAAACAGUAAGAAGAUACUAGCCAGGAGGGAGGAGAGUCAGGACCAGGAGAAGGAAAAGCUGGCUCAGGAGGAGGUAAAAUUGAUUCAGAGGAAAGAGAACUUGCACCAGCUCAAAGACAACCUUGCCAAGGACAGAAAGAAAUUAGUGGAUGUAAAGGAGAAAGUGGACAUAUACAAGAAGAAAUCAUUUCAGGUAGAGGAGAAGCUAAUGGAGAAAAAGGAGGAACUUUUCCAGAAGAAGGAGAAACUGGCUGAUGUAGGGAAAAAACUGGCACAAGUAGAGGAAAGUCUGGCUGAGAAACAGCAGAAGCUAGUUCAGGACAAAAUGAAAAUAGCUAUGGAACAGAGGGAAAUAUUUCAAGAACUGAAACUGCACAAUAAAGAAGGGGAUAUUACUAAGAAAGACAAGGGAUUGGGCAUGGAAAUGAAGAAACUGGCCCAGGAGAAGGUGAGACUAGCUGAGGAAAAGGAAACUCUCUCCAAGAGAGAGACUCAAGAAACCUCAACACAGAGGAAACAGAGUAAGAGUGAACUAGAACUAAUUAAGAGGAAAUUGUCACUAGAAGAGAAGAUAAUGGUGUAUGAAGAUAGAAUAUUGGCCACAAAGCAAAGAGACAUUGUCAAGAGGAAAUUAGAAUUUGCUAGAGGAGGGAGAGUAUAUGCUCAGGGAGAAAGGAAGCUAGCCAAAAUAAUAAGAAAGCUGACUAAAGGAAACAUUUCCAAGGAACCAUCAAGAGUGAGCAGAAAAAUCUUAAAGGUAUUUCAAGACCUUAUCAAAAAAGAAAGGAGACUAACGCAGGAAGAAAUACAGCUGACAAAGAAAAGGAGGUCAUUCUUGGUUAUGGAAAGAAGAUUGAACGAAGAACAAAAUAAACUUGAUGCCAAAGAGUGGGAUAUUUCUGAGGAACAAUCAGAAAUGACCAAAGAUGAGGAGAAACUCACUAAAAAAGAGAGAAAACUGGCUAAGGAAAUGAGUAUAAUGAUAAAGAAAGAGAAAAAAAUAACUGAGGAAGAAAGCAGAUUGACCAGACAACACAGAGAAGCCAUACAGGAAGAAGAGGAAGAAGUAACAGAGGAAGAAGUAACAGAGGAAGAAGAAGAAAUGUCAUUCUUUAAACAAAAGUCAAGAAAGAGAAAAACAUCAGAAAGAGUUGAUAAGCCUCAGGAAGAAUUUACCAGUCAAAGGGAUGAGGUGGAAAGUGAAGAGAGCUUUUCUGGAGAAAUAGACAGCCUGUUAGAUGAAGUAGAGCGAGAGAGUUUGUCAGAGGAGGAGGAAGAGGAGGAACAGGAGGAGGACGAAGAGGAGGAACAGGAGGAGGACGAAGAGGAGGAACAGGAGGAGGAAGAAGAGGAGGAACAGGAGGAGGAAGAAGAGGAGGAACAGGAGGACAUAAAAGAGGAUGAGAGUAUGAGUGAGGAAGAGAUGGAAAAUUUGAGUGAAAAAGAAGAGGAAGAGGAGGUAGACAAGGAAAAGGAGAUCUUAAAAAGAGAGAAACUAUUUAAGUUACAAGAAAAAAGAGGAAAGGACCUAAGAAGAAGAGAAACAGUCCCUUCUAUUGGAAAAAGAUUCCCUGAGGUCAAAGGCAGUGAUAUAAACCUGGAAGUUCUGAAAAUCCCUUCCAAGAAACUGAUCUCAAUAGCUCUGGGGAGGGAAAAGACUACACCAGGGCCAAUGUCAUUCUGGAAAAAUAAGGCCACUGUACUUGAGACACCCAGGAUAUUCACAGAGACAAGGUUUAUGGAUAAACAAGGAGAACUGUUGAAGAAAUAUCAGCCCAUCCCUCUACAAGCUUUGGAUAUGGUUUUGGAGUCCCAAGAGCCAGACUUAAAGACCCCAUAUUUAUCCCAUAUAUUGAGGAAGACCGCAGAACCUCAGAAAGUCCCAGGCAAACCACCACGGGAUAGGUGGCAGUGGCUUUUGAAUGGUGAUCCAUCUCUGGUGGAACAGACUGAGAUACAAUUACCUGUGUCCCAAAUCCUGGCUGAGGAAAUAUAUGCAGGUGUGAGCCUCUCAGAUAUAGAGUGGCUCCACCACGUCCUAGAACGAAUGGAGGCAGGAGAACAGCCUUCCAGAGAUAGUUUCCACAGAUUGUGCCAGCUUCUCAAAGAUCUCACCUCAAAGGGAACCUUAGAGUGGAUGCAUCUAGCCAAACUUGAAGCUAUCACUUACCGUCACAGGCCGGUCCUGGAAUCACAAAGUACACAUAUCUCAAAAACCAGUACAAAGUUCAUGGGUCCAAAAUACCUGAAAGUGAUCCCUCCUAUAAAAAGAAAGGAAAAUGAAAGCUGUUUAAAACCUUUGACUUUUGCCACACCAAAGUACUCAUUAGCUACAAAAAGAAUUCCAGAUCCAAAAGCUAUAAAUUGGCAUCUUCUAGGACAGCCUUACAGGAGUGCCCGGGCUGAGCAGAUAUCCAAUGCCCUCAAGGAAAUAGAGACGCAACAUUUUUAUCCUGCCACAAGAGACAUUUUCACAGGUGCUCAUACCUCUGUGGAAAAACAAACUUUAGCACUGAUGUUUCAAAAGGACUUCUGGGCUUUUAAGGAUAAGGGCAGGUUUCCCAGAUUGCCCAAGGUGGAGAAGAAGGCACAGCCCAGCUCUAAAAAACAGGAAAAGGUACCUCUAUGGGAGACAUUUGUGGCACUGUACCAUGUUUUGCAGAUGUUGCAGGAGCGAUAUGCAGAAGAUAGGGCUGCUUGGAGAGAACAGUUCUACCACCUCAUGGACCUGUACCAACUCAGGUCCCCUGCAAUCCAGAGAUUGCUACAGGAGCUGCUACUGAAAGAGGAACCCCGAUCCCAUGAGGUCAUUGACAAAGAGGCCCUAAAGGCCAUGGAGCUAGUUCCGGGGGAGCGGUUGUUUUACCACCUGUUUUGUGGUCACUCUCACAUGCCUAGAGGUCCUCUGGAGUUUCAGGAGGUUGUGUCCCUCUCAGGGCAGAACAAUGUGCACACCAUGCUUCCCAUGGGCAUUGCCCACUAUGGCAUCUUAGAACUUGCCUGGAAGAGCCUGCCCCAAGCUGAUAUUCACCUCACCAAGGAAUUGCCCAACAUCAUUGCUCCUGCCCCCUAA